CCAAUGGGGAACUCUUAUGCAGGCCAGCUGCGGACCACGCGGUUUGAGGAGGUCCUCCAUAACUCUAUUGAGGCAUCGCUGAGGUCCAACACCGUCAUCCCUCGACCUGUCUUCUCACAGCUGUACCUUGAAUCGGAGCAGCUGGUGACGCAUGAUGGCCGUACUGAGAACGAUGAUGAAGACGAUGAAGAAGGCUCGGAGUCUAACAGCCCUCCAACGCCCUACCGGAUGAAGCCCCCACCUGAUGGAAGCUGCACUACUGAUGGCUUCUGCCAGGCAGGCAGGGACUUGCGUCUGUCUUCGCUUGCAUCCGAUGCCUUGGAUGUUCCCCCUGGGUUCAUGUUAGUUGGGGUGAAGUCCCCUUCCAACCCUGAGAACCUGCUGGUGUGUGCCGUGGAUCGCCGCUUCCUGCCAGACGAACAGGGUCACAACGCACUGCUGGGCUUCUCAGGAAACUGUAUUGGCUGUGGCGAGAAAGGUUUCCGCUAUUUCACGGAGUUCUCACACCACAUUAACCUGAAGCUCAGCACACAGCCCAAGAAACAGAAGCACUUGAAGUACCAUCUGUACCGAAACAACCAGGGCACGCUGGUCAAAGGGGCUCCCAUCUGCUGGAGGGGAAAUGAUGGCAGGAUUACACAGAUGGGGUCCAGCGUCUCAGAAGGCCACUUGACAUCAGACGAACAGACACCAUCCUUAACAGCGACGCAGCCAUCACACACACCUGGCAGCUACACAGGGCCACAUGUGGAGCCACAAACAGCUGACAUUCCCCACACGCUUAUAAAUGGCAGCCAUGCUGUUUCCUCCAUUUCCCAGCAGCCUUUAAACCAGUCGGGGCCUGGCAGACCUUCAGCUACAGGGCCCCAUGCAAAUGCUGGACCACCAAAAAAGAGGCACAAAGGCUGGUCUCCUGAAUCAUCUGCCAACAGCAUGACCGAGAGCAAUGCGAAGACACCACCAUCUUCAUUAGCCAUAUCCACGUUAGCAGUAUCCUCUGUCAUCACAAAUGGAACCAGACCAGAGACCUCAGCCCUGCAGAGUUCAUCGCAAGGGUCCUUAGCCGCAGUUUCUCCCCCAGGGCUGCCUGUAACUGUGCCUGAUCAGCUGCUACAUACCUGCAGACUACAACCUGUCAUAUUCAAAGGCCACGGUCCUCUUCCUCAGCUGACUGGCAACGUGAGUGAAGUGCUCAUCAGCUCUCUGCUCCAGAGUUGUUACCUGAGCUCGCAAACACUCCCCAGAGUGUAUCAGCAUUAUGGUCCGUCUCCCAUCCAGCCCCUGUCCACUGAGAUGCAGAUUCUACUCACCGUCUACUACCUGGUUCAGCUAGGCCCUGACCAAGUGCCUCUGAUUGAAGACUUGGAGCAAAUAUUCAUGCGGUCAUGGAGGGAGUCCCAUCUCAGUGAGAUCCGACAGUACCAGCAGCCUCAAACACCUGGAGCACAAGGGAGGCACUAUGGCAUAGAGACUCUCUCCGCUCUGCCUGGUCUUCCCCAUCAUCUCCCUGUACCUCCCCAUAGCCAGCAGCCCCUCACCCCCAGCCAGCUGCCUUGGCUGGCCCAACUGGCUGCAUCGUCCUGUGGAGAGGGCGUGAUAGUGGUAGGGGAGGAAGUUGGAUCUUUGUCUCAAGGCCUCCAGCAAACGUUCAGCCGGUUAAUGGAUGGGCGUCUUGAAAAGACCAACUAUGUCGUCAUUAUCGUCACUGCACCGGGACAGGAAACACACUCCUGUGUGGUAGUUACAGGAAAACACCAGUGUCGUGCCUUGGCUGAGAGUAUGUUCUCUCCCAGCGAGGGUCUGAAAGAAAUCAACCACCAGCUCUCCACUGGUGUUGCCCAGGAACUCAUUCACUAUUGCAACUCCCUCGGUCAAGACGGUGACAUGGAUUCCCUUCUGGACAGUGCCAGCGUGGACAGCAAUGAGCCAUCUCCCUUUACCAGCAGCCAGGAAUCAGCUGAAGAGAAGAGCCUUAAAAACACAUACAGUCCAAAAGAUUCACACACACAGUGUUCAAAAGACUCACUCAGCCCUAAAGAGACAGUUUCGAGUCCCAAAGAAACCUGUUCAGAGUACUCCGUAGAAUGGCGUGAGGUUCGUCCCAUCCAGCUGGCAGUGGCUAGAAAGCUGCUGUCCCAUGUUUGUGCUAUAGCGGACUCCAGCACGCAGAACCUGGACCUUGGCUCCUUCGACAGAGUCAGCUUCCUCAUCCUUGUCCCGCCCUCCGAGGUCACAUUUCAGCAGACUGUACUCCACCUCUGGAGUUCUGGUGUUCUCCAGGAGCUUGGUAGUUUAGACCAGGAGUGUGUCGCACCCCGAGAGGCCGAGCGUUAUGUGGUCAAGAUGGACCAGACUGCCCAGGCGCGAAUUGAUAACCUGAUCCGGGAAGCCCACAGCAACUCCUACACACUCCACAUCCUGGUCCAUGACCACGCCCACUGGGAUAUUAGCAGUGCUUCCUACAGCAGCUCAGAUGGAGGUUUGGGUCUGGUGGACCAACUGCUAAACUCCCGACAGGUCAGAGAUGCCGCAAACAUCCUGAUUCUCCACGUCACCUCGUUCCCGUUUGCUCUUCAGACGCAGUGCACCCGCAUCAGCCCCUACAACGAGAUCCACUGGCCGUCUGCGUUCAGUAAUGAUGUGGACCUCUAUCAUGAAAGGAUGCGGUACUUUGGUGUGUCAGAGCUUUUAGAGUCGACUCGUUCAGGGAGCAGCCUGCCUCUAAUGCGUUAUGAUUCCUCUUUUGAAAGCAUGGCAUCUGCCCUGGAGGACAGAUUUCCAAAGCUGCACAGUGCUGUGAUCCGGACUACAGUUUUGAUCCACCACUACUGUGUAGCUCUGAUGGCUGUGUCGGGCAGAAUCAGCGGUUCCCACAAUCUCCACAAACACACCUCUGUGGAAACCAUGGAAAUCGUCCAGUCUCUGCUCACUGCUGCUCAGCAAUGUCCAAACCACCAUGGUCACAUGGUUCUGCUGCGGAUCCCCUCUUUGGCUCUGGCAGCGUGGGCCCACCGACGGCUUUCCAGAGUGAGGAGGCAGCUGGGUCUGGAGGAGAGUUUCGAAAUCAUACUUGGGAAUCCCAACCAAGCACUGAAUAUCGGACCGACCUUCACUGAUCAGAUCAAGACAUGGUUGAAGAUCCAGGAUGCUGACUGGGUUCCUCGUACCUACUUGGAGCUGGAGGCCCUGCCCUGCAUCCUGAUCCUAUCAGGGGCUGAGCCACUGGGAGAAUCACUGCCCAGGUCACUAAAAUACUGUGACCUUCGAGUGAUAAGCUGCUCCUACCUGCAGCGGACCACUCUUGAACAAGAGCUGGGACUGGCUGCUUAUCUAGUGAAGGCGGAGUCACGGCCCCCACACAACCCCGGACCAGGAAGUGAUCUUCUCGAAAGCGAUGCUGAAAAACUAAGCAGCACUGACAAUGAGGAGGAGGAUGGACAAGAGAACGGAGACUCCCCCCUCUCAUCCAGUCAGCCUCUCCAGUCUUGCCCAGACAGCGCUGCGUUGGAUCCCUUCCCUGCUCAAAGCACCCCCUCUCCAAAUGUCCAGAAAGGGACAGUGGAAACCACACAGUCUCCGUCACAAUCACAGACUCAGCAUCAGCCCCAGCCCUCAUCUCAGUCUUUCCCAUAUCCUCAAACAGCACCGCACCACCCAACUCAACCUCUUCAAAGUUAUUCCCACACCCUACCCCCCAGUCAAAGUCAGCCAUUAUCUCAAACUAAUUAUCUGCCUCACACUCAAGCCCCCCCUCAGCAGCAGUCCCUUUCCCAGAUGCAAACCCUCCACCACCAGUCUCAACCACCCCCCCCUUCCCAGUCUUGUCGGCAGCACUCCAAAUCAACAUCCUCUGGUUCCUUGUCCCCACGAGCCUCUUCUCCACAUCAGAGCUGCUCCUGGGCGCGAGGCGUGAGUCGUCCGCCCUCUGUGCUCCUCCCCCAUGCCCUCUACGACAUCAUCACAGCCAGUGACAGCAGCGGGCUUCCACGAUGUACUUCAUUCCUGCCGCAUAUGUCUGUCGCGUGGGCAAGCAGCUUCAGACCUUUGCUGAGUAAAAUGAUGACAUGUACGGAGCAGUCGCUCUAUUAUCGCCAGUGGACUGUCCCUUGCUCAUACCACAUGGACAGCAGCAAUCGCACUGAAGGACGAAGUGACAACUUUCACCCUCGCAGGUUGCUGCUCAGUGGACCUCCACAGGUGGGUAAGACAGGAGCUUACCUGCACUUCCUGGGUAUUCUGUCUCGCAUGUUGAUCCGACUGAUGGAGGUGGACAUCUACGAUGAAGAAGACAUCAACUACAGUGCCCAGGUGGAGGGAGUGCAGUACCAUCCACCCAAUGCUACCUGGCCCAACCCAGACAUUAUGAGGACGCUGCCAUUUGACUACACCAUCCACGACCCCAAAUAUGAUGAUAUCAGCUCAGUGUAUUGUCCUGCAUAUAAACCCAGUGCUGAGGGAACUCCCGCUCGGCAGGAGGACGUGUACAUACGUCGGCGGACUUCUAGGAUUAAGCUUUCCAAGUAUGCAGCCUACAACACGUAUCAUCACUGCGAACAGUGUCAUCAGUACUUGGGCUUCAAUCCUAGAUACCAGAUGUAUGAGUCGACGCUGCAUGCCUUCACGUUCACCCAUCUACUGCUUGGUGAAGAUAUCCAGCUCUACUUCAUCAUCCCAAAGUCCAAGGAGCACUACUUUAGCUUCAGCCAGCCAGGAGGACAGCUGGAGAGCAUGCGUCUUCCUCUGACUUCUGACUGGAGCCCAGACUGCAUCAAGAGUCCAAUCUUCACCCCGACCACUGGUCGUCACGAGCAUGGUCUGUUUAACCUGUACCAUGCUAUGGAUGGAGCCUCACAUCUCCAUAUCCUUGUGGUCAAAGAGUAUGAGAUGGCUGUCUACAAAAAGUACUGGCCCAACCACAUCAUGCUGGUGCUGCCCACUGUCUUCAACGGGGCUGGGAUAGGUGCAGCCCACUUCCUGAUCAAAGAGCUUUCAUAUCACAACUUGGAGCUGGAACGCAGCCGGCGUUUGGAGGGAGGAGGCCCAGCGGGUGACGUCUGGCCCUUUAUUAUCCUGGCUGAUGACUCCUGUGUUAUGUGGAACGCUGUGGACCUCAACGCACGCAAUGGUCCAGUGGAGCACGCCGUGUCUCUGAAACAGGUCUUACAGCACAUGGAGGCCUGUCCUGACCUAGCCCACUAUGGUCUGUGCGGCAUCAGGAAGUGGAGCAGCCGUGGAAUCACAGAUAAUAAAUAUCGGGAGCCCUUCUCCCGAGGUCUCCUUCAUGACUUCCUCCUCCUCAACGUCGACCGGAGCCAGAACAUCCAGUACGACCAAAACCGCUUCACCUGCCACGACGUGGACUUCACCCUGAGGCUGCACAGUGCCGGGCUGCUCGUCUGCAGGUUCAACGGCUUCAGCGUCAUGAAGAAGCAAAUCGCCAUAGGAGGAUACAGAACAUUCAUUAUCAAGACCAAGAUGACAGAUGUUCCCACCUCAGUGGGGCCCUCACAAUACAUCUGUGCCCCAGACAGCAAGCACCUUUUCUUGGCUACACCAGCUCAGCUCCUCCUGGAAAAAUACCUCCAACACACCAGCCAGAAGCUGUUUCCACUCAGCACCAAGAACUACACACACCCUGUGUUGUCUGUGGACUGUUACCUCAACCUGGGACCAGAGGUGACGGUGUGUUUUGUGAGUUCUAGACCUCAUUCCGUCAACAUCAGUACCACAGGGUUGUUGUUCAGUGGCCUUCUCCUCUGCUUUGCCGAUGCCUUCGUGACUCCUGGGUUCCUCAAGAAAUUCAGCUUUCUUAAAGGUGCGACUCUGUGUGUCAUCAGUGCAGAUCGGAGCUCCCUGAGGCAGACGGUGGGCAGGCUGGAGCUGGAGGAGGAGUGGAGGUUCAGGCUCAGCGACGAAUUUCAGACAGCCAACGCCAAAGAAGACCGACCGCUCUUCUUCCUGACUGGAAAGCAUAUAUGACUGAAGCAGGGGUACGCAGUGAGCUGAAGAGUCGCAGCCAGGCCUGGAAUCACUUUAACUGCCAAAGACAGCAUUGUGUUUAUUUGUGGCAUGACAGUCCGCACUAACCUAUGAAAAGAAAGAGGAAACUUUGACUGUUACCUAUCACACACUCGAAUAAGAUUGGACCUCACGGGAAAUUCUGGUUUAAAAAAAAAAAAAAGGAAAUUUUGAAACCAUGAAACGUGUUUCGUAAACACCCACUGUCUAACUGUGUGUUUGUGAGGAUAAAAUGUUGAAAGGAAUCAUCUUGUACGGACAAUAAGUACAGAUUUAAUCAAAAAGGAAAUGAACUCGAUGCUUUUUUACCCAUUAAGGAAACUUGCUAGACUUCCAAAUACUAGUUUUGGAUUCCUUGUUUUUGUGCAUGCAGAUUUAGUCAUUUAGAAUUUCUUACCGCGAUAUCUGAGCGUUUAGACUUAAAUGCUGGUGCACGUGACACGAGAACCUUUACAAAAAAGGGUGGACACAAUCACUUGUGUGCAAUGGUAGCUGAUUAUUAGCAACAUUUUUAUAGGGAGACUUUUGUAGAGGUUUGUUUUGCAUGUGUGUUUUUAUGUCUAAAGUAUUUUGAUUAUUGUAUUUUUGUCAUAUUUCUGUUAUGUAUAAAAAGUACUUAUUUCACAGCGUGUGCAAGAAAAAAUAACUGCGGAGCUGUUUAUCUGUUUGGGAUUGUAGAACAUUUUUAUGUGUUAUGCUUGUAAGGCUGUACGAUGAUUCUGGUUUUUACCUGUCGGAGAAAUCUACUGUGUACUGACGGCAUGUCGCAGAUUCGUAUGCCUUUAAUUGUAUAAAUGUACAGACAUUUUA